GAGAAAGUCAGAGUGUUCAGUGCUGCUCAUUUCCAAUUGAGUGUGUCUACUCUAAGUGAGCUCAGGGGAAUCAGACGGACCGUGCAGACUCGGAAUAAACUUCUGCAGGUUUUUCAGAUGAGUUGUUGACUCCACUUUCUGAGAACUUUUCACUCCCCCAACGGAGAGUCCAGAGGGAGUUCCUGAGCUGCUUUCCAGGGAAUUUAAACUGAAGUUUCUCUCCUUUUUCUGAUCCAUCAAGGCACAAUGGACGCCUCAUUGUCCGACAUUGACUUCAACACCACCUUUGUGGACGAUCAUUUCUUAUUCAAGGACACUGUCGACGGUUUUGGCAUCACCAUGGUUCUGCUCUACUUGGUGGUUUGCAUCCUGGGAUUGGCCGGGAACUCCCUCGUCAUCAUUGCCAUUUUGAAACUGGACAAACUCUCGUCCUCCACGACGGUGUACAUCUUCAACCUGGCGCUGGCUGACGGGCUCUUCAUGGUGGGUCUUCCCUUCAUAGCGAGCCAGAACUUCCAGAACGAGUGGAUGUUUGGCGACGUGGCGUGCAAAGUGGUCAUGGUUCUGGACGGCAUCAACCAGUUCACCAGCGUGUUCUGCCUGACGGCGAUGAGCAUCGACCGCUACAUGGCGCUGGCCGACCCGCUGAGGUUCGCCCGUUGGAGGACGCCGCGCUGGGCCAAGAUGGUCUCGGUGUUCCUUUGGCUGUUCUCGCUCCUCACCAUCCUCCCCAUGGCGCUCCACUUCACCUCCGAUCGAGGUCUGUGCAUACCGGACUUCGUGUCGGACGACUGGUGGCUCGGCGUCCUGUCCUACACCUUCGUCAUGGGGUUCGCUUUGCCGUUCACAGUCAUGACGGCGUCCUACACGGCGCUGCUGCUCACAAUGAGGUUCCAGCGGAUCCGAGCGACGUCGCUGAACCUCGCAACCCACCGUCUGGAGUCGCAGGUCACAAAGAUGGUGGUGGCGGUCGUGGUGGUUUUCGGGAUGUGCUGGCUGCCGUUUUACACCUUCAACUUCUACGCGCUGUACCAAAUGGGCUUGGUGAUGACCUUCGCCAGAGCCUUUGAGUUCGUGGUGCUGCUGUCGUACUCAUGGAGCUGCGCCAACCCGAUCCUCUACGCGUGCUUUUCCGACACCUUCUGGAGACACUUCCGGACCCUCCUCUGCCCCGCCGCCAAGACACCUCCCAGCAUGCAGUGCAACACCGAACGGUAUGACUUAAAUGACAGGGAUGUGACCAUUCUGGCGUAGAGAGGCGGUUAUAAACACUCGAUAUCCUGUCACUGCAUGAUACAACCUGUUUGAAGGGUUGUAGAUUUGGGAUAAAUUCAGAUGUUUUACAUUAAAUUCAUUGAAGUUGUAAGUCUUACAUCAGAUUUGCUGAAUUAUUUUGAAUUUUGUUCAUGAAUUUCCUCUCAUGAUGCUUCUUCACACUGAUGUACUUGUUUGAAGGAUUGUAGAUACAUUUCUUUAACCUUAUUUGGAAUAUAUUGACAUUGUACAUAUAUUUGUAUUGAGCUCUCUUAUCCUAUGUGAUCAAAUUUGCUGAAUUUUGAAGGAAAUGUUGUCUAAAAAGUAGAUGUUUCAUCAAGUGUCUGUAGAGAUUUAGCAGAAAGGUGUUGAUUCUGUGUGGCUGACUGCACGGCUGAAAGGUUCACCGUAAUAUCUAUGUGUGAACGGCAGGAAGACCCCCUUUUACUUUUCAAUUUCAGAGAGCGUGUCUUGUCACAAAGGCAGCAAAAUUCUCAUGAAACAGCAUACUUCAAUUGGAUAUCCUCUAACACAAAUCCCCUUCAGAGUAGCUCCUGCUCUAUCUGCCUCAGACCUUUUGUACAAUUUCUCUGUACUAAUAACUCCGACUGCUGAGCCGAGCCGCUCCACUGCUUCUCCUGUUAUUCAGCUUUUCAGCAGAACUAAUGAGAUGAGGCACAAGAGGGAUGAAGUGUGGACAGGUGGAAACAUGAGUCACAUGUCCGUGGGCAAACACCAGCACAAAGACACACAGCCCGCCCGUCUCCCAGAGCUGGAUUAUGCACGGGUGGCUUUAAGAUUGGGGAAUCAGAUGACCUUUUGGUCUGUCUGUAGAUGUGUCCUUAAUUCACCAAAAGUCAGCACAUAAAGCCUCAUUUGCACAGCUAAACAUAUCAUUUCAGAAAACUUGUAAUACAAAGAGUAUUGCAGCAGAAAUCUGCUCUUCAGUAGCACUUACACAUACCAAACUGUCCAGCGUCAUUCCUCUCUAUGUUCUGAAGCCUUUGACAGAGGGGUAGCAUUAACACACACCAUUUGAAACCUGAUUUAUGAACAUUUUUAUAAAUUGUUGCUUAAUUUAAGAUCUGAUUUUCAUGCACAAUGAUAGACGUUGCAUGCUUCUCACGUGUUAUGGCUUUCAGGCUUCUUUCGUUUAGCAUCCUGGACGAUUUCAAUAACAACAUAAGGUAAAUAAAUCAAAGCAUGUAGAUAAUUCAAGAACAGGAAAGACAUUGGAUGCAUAGAUGAUGAUGCUGACAGUGAUGUAAACAUGUAUCAAUGUGUGAGUGACAAUCUGUAUUGUGUUGACUGAAACAUAAUGAGGCCCACAUAUAGUCACUUUACUGUAUAUAUCAAUAUAUCAGCAUGUCUCACACUCUGUUUUUAUCACUUGUAAAUAAGCAAAAGGUGCUUCUGCUUCAUGUGGAAUAAAACUCUUACCCUCUGCCA